CAACGGAAAAAUUUUAAAAAAUGGUGCUCAGUUCCACUGAACCGUGUGAGGAUUGGUCGAAGAUACCUAUUAAAGUGUUGUAUUCAGCAGGGAGCUAUGAAAAAGCAAGAAGAAAACUCAAAAGAGCAGAAGAGACUUGCAACUUGCCCAGUGAUUCAGAUUUGAAUGAAAAUAGAAGGAAAUACGAAGAUCCCAUCGAGAAUAUGCCUACCACUUCCAAGCAUAACCCUCAGAUACCAGUGACAUCGCAUCGCGCGCCCAAUAAUCCUCCUCCUGUCACACCUCAUCUGAAUAGCCAAGUGUCUUCAUCAAAUGAAGCAUUCCAGAGAAAGGUGCUCAGGAUGUUAGAAGAAAUAAGGAAGAUCAGGCAGAACUCAUUCCAUGAUUCAGAGCAUUACAAAAGUUGGAUCCUGUUCUGCUAUUCCUGA